AUCCUACAAAUCAAACAGGAAACAGCCAAUUCCCAUGUGAUUAAAAUUGCUAAAAGUAAACAUAUGCAAUUAAGAGGUGGUAGCCAAUGACGAGACGCCACGUCAGCAGCAGGCGCACAAGCUUCGGUUUUGUCAAACAUCUCAUCUCUUUUCCCAUCACCACUUCACCAGCAUUUGCUCUUCACUCUAAUCUCUACCUCUGCAAAUUUUAGGUUCUAGAAAGAAAAUCACUGCCAAAUUCGAAACAAUCAACCUGAAAUUCGUAAAUUAUGCUUUUCUCUUCCGUAAUCACGUCGACUCCCCAUGUUUGCUUGCCGAAGGUCACUCGUCCUGCGCUCCGCCGCACAAUUCGAUGCUCCGCCGCAUCGGUUUCACCUGGAUUUGAUCUCAAGACGUAUUGGACGUCUCUAAUUAAAGAAAUCGAUCAGAAGCUCGACGAGGCGAUUCCUGUGAAGUACCCGCAGCAGAUCUAUGAGGCAAUGCGCUAUUCAGUUUUGGCGAAGGGAGCUAAGAGAGCACCGCCGGUUAUGUGCGUCGCCGCUUGUGAGAUUUUCGGUGGUAACCGCCUCGCCGCCUUCCCCACCGCCUGCGCUCUUGAAAUGGUCCAUUCUGCUUCAUUAAUACACGAUGACUUGCCGUGCAUGGAUGAUGAUCCAUCUAGAAGAGGCCAGCCCUCGAACCACACAGUGUUCGGUGUGGAUAUGGCAAUAUUAGCAGGGGAUGCAUUGUUCCCUCUCGGCUUCCGUCAUAUUGUUUCCCAGACCCCCACGGAUCUUGUCCCUCACACCCGCCUCCUCCGAGUGAUUGCUGAGAUAGCAAGGGCGGUGGGGUCCACCGGUAUGGCUGCUGGUCAGUUUCUCGACCUUGAGGGUGGGCCCAAUGCAGUUGAUCUCGUACAAGAAAAGAAGUUUGGCGAAAUGGGCCAGUGCUCUGCUGUCUGUGGAGGCCUACUCGCCGGUGCUUCAGAUGAUGAGAUUGAGCACCUGAGAAAAUACGGCCGGGCUGUAGGUAUUUUGUAUGAGGUGGUGGAUGACAUCCGGGAAACGAAACUGCAGCCGGAGGAGAAGGAUAAGAGCAAGAGCAAGGGUAAAAGUUAUGUAUCCGUGUAUGGAGUUGAGAAAGCGAUGGAGGUGGCUGAGGAUUUAAGAUCCCAAGCAAAGAAAGAGUUGGAGAGGUUAGAGAAAUAUGGCGACAAGGUUCUACCAUUAUAUAGCUUCGUUGAUUAUGCUGCUGAUAGGUAUUUUGGCUUUGAAGAAUUAGUUUAAUCAGCUUCUGAUUGAUUUUUGCUUGAACCUGUUAUAAAAAAUAUGCCUAUGGCACUUGUUUGUAUUGAUGUAUUUCUAUAAUGAUAUUAUAGCAGCAGUUUUAGUAGAGCAAGUUAUUUAAAACCCUAUGGGAAAUCUUGAUCGAUUAAACUCAUUUAUGGAGUUUCUUUGUGUAUA